AUGAGGUCCGAGAGGGUGCUUCACCACUAUCACGAAUGUGCCGGGUGCCAACAGGUGGCGAUGGGCCCGGAAGAACUUCCCCAAGCUCCGCCACCCUAUCUGGAGGUAAGACCCCAACCUGACCAGGGCAAUCCCUCGGUCGCACCCCCAGCUGCUGUUACACCAGCAGGAAAUGAUCUGCCUGCACCGGAACUUCCACAGGCGGCCCCACUGCCUUUAAGACAGCUUGUCGUCCCUCCGCCUAGACCCCGCCGGCGUAGGCAAAACUUGGCGCAAGAACGCUGGGUCUGCCAGGCUGGACCUCAGCUGAAGGUUACAAUCAAGAGGCGUCAGCCUGAUGAUACUGUUCAUUGGGGAGACUUCAAAGUUUCACAUCUCCGCACACCAGUGCAUUCAAAAUUGAAACGUACUAUUUGCAAGGACAUUAAGACCACCCAAUUGCCUACAGAAAAGGACAUUUUUGCAGCCACUAAUGAGCCUGAGCCUUCAACAUCAGCAUCGUGGUCAGCAAAAAGGAGACCUAUCACUUCUGGGUUAGCUUCCUCGGAUAUUUCAAAGAAGUAUAUUAUGCUGGCUGAUUUUGAAAAUACGAUUAGCAAAACACGAGUUGGAACAAUGGAACCUGUCAGAAAACGAUGGCAGAAUUUGAUAGACCGAUUUGUUAGGGCUUACAGGGACUAUAAUAAAAAGCCUCCUUCUGGAUCUGCAGGAGGGUCUAAAAAGACUGUUGAAUUUGUUUAUUUUCAUCAGAUGAUCUGGCUAGCACCCUUCUUGAGGAAACGAAAAUUAACUACUUCAGUAGAAACUACUGAAAGUGAGAAUAUACAAGAAGCUGUGGAGGAAACUGAAGAACUAAUUAAUUCAGUUGAAGACUGCAUGAGAGCAUGGAAAAAUUUGAGGUACAGAUUUGUUAAGGAAAAAAAUAGGAGGCCUUCAGGUUCAGGAGCCAGUGAUACUAAUUGGCCAUAUUUUCAGGCUAUGUUAUUUUAUAGCAAAUUUACAAAGCCAAGAAAAACAUAUACAAGCACAACAAAAAGACAUGCCAGCAGAGAACCUCUGUUGGAAAAUUUGGAAAGGCCCUCAACUUCCACCAGACCCUCAAGUUCCACGAGCAACCAGUCUCUGUGGAGCAGCAUCACAAUUGAAUCGAUAACUUCUCCUGAGCUUGUGGAGAGCCCAUGUGAUGCUGCUUCCCCAACUGAAAGAGAAAAUGUACCAAGUUGCUUGCAGACUCCGAGCAGAAGUAACAGGGAAGAGUCUGUUGAGACUAUUACGCCUACUGCAUCAUCUGGUGGAAAUAGGAAGCGAAAGAAGAAAGAAAAAGACGAACAAGUGGAAAGCCUUUUGAAUAUGGCGAAAACUAUUGCCACCUCCAUAGAAUCCAGGCCUACAAGACAAAAAAAUGCCAAUAGUACAUUUGUGGAUUAUGUUUAUGAAGAAUUAGAGAGACUAACCGAGGCCAAUGCAAAAAAACAAAGAAAACAAAUAUUAUCUAUUUUAUUCAAUGAUGAUGAUUCGGAUUGA